AUGACGACAUCGACUAAAUCAUAUCAAGAUAAACGUCAUGAAGAGAUUAGUACUAAAGGAGGAAAGGGGAGGUCAAGUAGAAUAAGCCCUCAUGCUACAUGCGUAGAAGAGGAUUACUCCAUGGAAAGUGCUGAAGAAGAUAUUAUUCCAUCAAGACGUUCUCUAAAUCGUCAAUCAGGGAUUCACAUACGGCCUCACGAGGCUCCAAUGCGCCCUGAAAUUCAUGUGCCUCAACCAAGUCCAAUACGGCCAUCAUCACGUCAAUAUUCACCAAUAAAUUCCCAGCCACAAAACACUAGGCCGCAAUAUAACAAUCAAUUGGAUAAUGUGCAGACUCCUAGCUCUGCUGCCACAAGUUCAAGAAUUACUAUCACUAUGACAAGCAUCACCACUAGCAGUCCACAAAAUUCUAACACGACUACUUAUGUUACAACUGAGAUAGCACCCAGUGACAAUUCUAACACAUCUGAGUCGACCUCAAGUGAGAGUCAACAAAGCGAAAUUUCAACUAACAUCAAUCCAGCUACACCUGUUACUAGAACCACAAAUUAUUUUCAUUCACAAAGUAAUCUGCAACAUCAAGCAAAUUCUGUAAGCACAUCAUAUCCAGUGACACAAAAUCCACCAAACAUAAGACUUACAGGUCAUAGUCAAACAACCAUGACGGGCGCAACAAACUAUUCUCAUAAUAACACAAUGUAUUAUAAUCCACAACCUAACACUGAUGCCUAUCAACAGACAAAUUAUCCUACUCCCGUUGCUUCACGAGCGUAUAACACUGGUACAUUCACUAACCCUGCAUCUUCUUUUCAAGAUAUUCCAUCAACUUCAAACGACAAUUCUUCAAUAAAAUACAUGGAUAACACUCCAACAAUUCCAUACCGCAAUUAUUCGUCACAUUAUAGUGAUCCUACUUCUCAUUGUAGUCAAUCCACAACUAUUCCAUAUAUGUGGAGUUCCAAUAAUCCAUGCUCUGCUGGUCCAUCAACAUCAAGUUUGCAAAAUAACGGAAACUCAUUUCAAUCUAAUGUUAGUGAAUCAAAUGCACCAUCAACCUGCGGUUCCGAAUGUUGUAUGGGUAAUAGUAAAUUUGCGGGAUCAAGACCACGGUAUUAUCGUCUUCCCGUUAUCAGCACUCUUAGUACAGUUUAUGAUGUAUGGAAUGAAUGGAAUGUUGGACUUGAUGGCAAUCCAUCAGUUGUUAUGAUGAUGGAAUCAUAUGGAAACAAGUGGCUUCUCGACAAUAGUGUUGUUUUAGCACCUAGAAAAAAAGUAAUUAAAGAAGUUCAGCGUAGAGCGCUAGAGGUAGGAUUGGAUGAUGCCUUGAGCGAAUUAGAAAAAAUAAAAGGCACAAAUGAUUUGGUUUGGUUGGCUGAAAAAAUAUCUAUGGAGGCAAAUAUUAGUUGA